GUAAAAAGUAAAAAAUGAAAACAAGUGAAAAAGAUGGUAAUAUAAAUACAUUUUAUCCACCUGAGCUUUUAGUAAACGUUUUAGAGACUCGCCUGGUUAUCUCCGCGCCAAGAGGAACAAAAGAAGAAAAAAAAACUAAACAAUCAAAAUGGCGAUGAUCACGCGCAACAUCGCCACGCGCCUCCCUCUCCUCCUCCAAUCCCAACGCGCCGCCGCUGUCUCCCACAUCCACACAUCCCUCCCAUCUCUCUCCCCCUCGACAUCACCGACCUCCUUCACCAGACCAGGUCCUCCUUCCACCUCCUCAUCUCCUCCUCCUCAAGGUCUCUCGAAGACGGCGGAGUUUGUGAUCUCCAAAGUCGAUGAUCUCAUGAACUGGGCUCGCAGGGGAUCGAUCUGGCCUAUGACAUUCGGCUUAGCCUGCUGCGCCGUGGAGAUGAUGCAUACGGGUGCUGCUCGCUACGAUCUGGAUCGAUUCGGUAUCAUUUUCAGGCCGAGUCCUCGUCAGUCUGAUUGUAUGAUUGUCGCUGGGACGCUUACUAACAAGAUGGCUCCUGCUCUUCGCAAGGUUUAUGACCAAAUGCCGGAGCCAAGGUGGGUGAUUUCAAUGGGAAGCUGCGCCAACGGAGGUGGAUACUACCACUACUCCUACUCAGUGGUUCGAGGCUGUGACAGAAUUGUGCCAGUAGACAUCUACGUCCCUGGAUGCCCUCCAACAGCUGAGGCAUUGCUCUAUGGACUUCUCCAGCUUCAGAAGAAAAUCAACAGGCGCAAGGAUUUCUUGCACUGGUGGAACAAGUGAUCAAAAUCCUCCUUCCAAUGCCAAAUCGAGUUUUGUUUUCAGUCCACUGUUACCAAAAGCUUGGGGCUAAUAAACACAUGGAUCGUUUCAAUGCAAUGUUUCGUUUGUGGUGGAGAUUGCCAUGUAAAGAAGUGCACUUGGAAGUUUUUUUGUUUUUUUUUUCCAGUUCUAAGUUUAUUUGUGGAAACUCGAAUAAACAUAAGAUUAUGUUGUUCUUUUUGUUAUAUCGACCAGUUUAUCAGCUAAGAAUCUUCUGAUUCUUGUUAAUUAUUAAACCAUUCGCACGUGUGUAAUUUUAUGCAAAGACGAGCCAGUGAGCCUAAAGAAAAAGC